GGUCCCCCGUCAGAAAAAAGCGCCAACUUCUGCUGCGCCGUUCGAAUGGCAAAAUAUGAUCGCUGACUGGAUCCCGUGUGAAAUAUAUUAAGACUUCGAACUGGCUCGACUCCGUCAAUGAGGUGCGCUGUUGCAUCUUUUUAAAAAAAAAAGAAAACCACCUUCCGAGGAGAACGAUGCCCGUUCAGCAGGGUGAAAAUGUUGUGGCGGCGGGGAGCCCCGUGAAGAAGAGUAAACUGUCCCUCAGGUACAACCACAAGAAGGAAACCAAGCGGGUUUUGGACUUCUCCGAACCUCAAGCUGAUGAGCCCAAAGCAGUUGAACAAGUGGAGCCCGAGGCCAGCGGCUGUGAUCAGGCCGUCGCGGGUCCUUCCCAAUGCCCAUCCUCACCUGGUCCUCUCCUGUCACAUGAGAAGAGGGAGAGCUUGGUGCCAUUUGUGGGUUUCAACAACUUGGGCAACACCUGCUAUUUGAACUGUAUCUUACAGGUGCUGUACUACUGCCCAGGCCUCAGACAAGGAAUAAAGAAACUGUACAACCUGUCUGACUUAUCAAAGGAAGAAACUGACAAAAGAGACGAGUCAGAAGUCAUCGACGAGGCUGUGCCUGCUCAAAUGGAGCUCCUUGGGAGCUUCAACAGUCUUAUAACAUCAGUGGAGGAGCUGCAGUCCAGCUUUCUGUUAAACCCCGACAGCUUCAGUGAAGGAGAACUUGCUACGCCUCCUCGAAAAAUACUCCACACGCUCAGGCAGCUCAACCCCAUGUAUGAAGGCUAUCUUCAGCAUGAUGCCCAAGAGGUGCUGCAAUGCAUCCUGGGAUAUAUCCAAGAGGCUUGUGACACCAUCAGGAAGGAGCAAGAGGUGGAGGGGGAUGCCGGGCAGACCGAGGUCCAACUUGAGAGCGUUGUCCAGGUGGAUUCUAGCGGCGCUGCAUCAGAAUCCAAAACUUCCUCCGAAGACGACGGCCAACUCAGCGGCAAGAGAAAGAGUGACACUGAGGUGGGAAAUGCCAAAAAGAAGCCCAAAUCUGUCAAGCCGAAGAAAUGUGAUGCAGAGGAUUGUAAACCCCCCACCCGUUCAAAAAGGAAGUCCUCCAGUGACAUCACAGUAAACGCCUGUGGAGACAAGGAGGCAGAGGAAGAAAUGGGGAAGAAGCUCAACAGGGCGGAGGAAAAGGUGAGUGACGGCGAGGACAAAGAGGAAAAGGCCCCUAAAGAAAGGAAGAAGAGGUCCAGGCUGAGCUGGCUGAGGCCUUCUGGGAAACAACCAAGUAUUUUCUCCAAGUUCCUCAGCGUGGGAAAGCUCAGCACCGUGAAGAACCCAAACAAAGCGGAGCAGGAGAACGAGCCGAGUCCCAAACAGAAGACCAGCGAAGGGAGGUCACCCGAAAAAAAGGCAGCAAAACGUCAAGAGGGGCUGGACCUGAUGGAGCACUUGUUCCAGGGACAACUGCUGCUGAGGACGCGCUGUCUGGAGUGCGAGAGCUUCACCGAACGGAGAGAAGAUUUCCAGGACAUCAGUGUGCCGGUACUCGAUGACGAGCCCAGCAGCCCAGACGACCUCUCGGGGGUGUCCCCGGACCCCAAACCAGAGCUGAAGACUCUGAAGUGGGCCAUCGCUCAGUUUGCUUCGGUGGAGCGCAUCGUCGGCGAGGACAAGUACUUCUGUGAGACGUGUCACCACUACACCGAGGCGGAGAGGAGUCUGCUGUUUGACAAAACCCCCGAAGUCAUCACCAUCCACCUGAAGCGCUUCUCUGCCAACACUUUAGACUCGGACCCGUACGCCGGCCUGUCCAAGGUGAACACGCCCUUGCAGACCCCUUUGACCUUGUCUCUGGAGGACUGGUGCACUCAGUCCUCGUCCGCCAAGGCUCAGAGCUAUCAGCUGUUUGCCGUGGUCAUGCACAGCGGCGUCACCAUCAGCAGUGGCCACUACACCGCCUACGUCCGCGCGUCUGGUCUGACGGAUGAAAAGCUCUCGCCGUGCGACCGGAAAGAAACGGAGGAGGAAACUAACGGGGGGGUCCAAGUGAAGGAGGAGCCACCGGACUACGAUGACGGAGAGGUGUCCUUCAGCCUGAGCGCGAGGAGGCUGAGGAGUGGAAGUUUGGGGAGCAGCAAAGCGGGAGGAAAGAAGCUGUCGGAGGGGGGAGUCGGACUGUUGGGAGGCCAGAGGAGUCGACCUAGCUCCCUGACCGAGGGAUCCAAACGGAAGAAGCCCGCUAAAGGGUCGGGCCCUCGCAGUGAAGCCGGACUUAAGAAGGAAGCAGCAGGAGAGGAGGCGCCUAAGGACACGCAGGUUUUAAACAGCCUCCAGGAGUACGAGGGCAAGUGGCUGCUGUUUGAUGACUCUGAGGUGCGUUUGUUCGAGGAGGAGGAUUUCCUGCGAGCCUGCUCUCCUGAGACAUUGUCCUCGUCCACGCCCUACCUGCUGUUCUACAGAAGGAUGCCCGAAGCCCAACUGUAGCGGCCACGCAAACUUUUUUGUUUUUCAAUACUACAAACGUACUAAAUACUUUGGGUUUUGGAGAAAUAUUCAGCGAAAUGGCAAUUCACUUUUCUAUGUUCUUGCGGAUUAUCUUCCCCCUUUUCUGAUCCGUGAUUCUUCACAUUCAUAGAAUUCGUUUUUUUUUUGGUCUACUCUCUGGCUUUUUCUUUUUUUACUAAUUAGAAAAGCACUUUUUUCUUUUAACAGUCUAUCUGAAAAUGGAUGCCUUUUUAUUUUUCUAAAAUGAAUUUGUGUUAUCAAGAGACUGUCAGUGCUGUGCAUGUUUGGAAUAUCACUCGACUAAGCUUAGAUUGAUUUUCUAUUUCAAAGCAAUACAAACAUGCUUCAUAAGGGAAGGGGACAGACAAUAUGGAGGUUUUUGACUUUCUGUUAUGAAGAAAACAUUUACCGAGUUCCAUGACUCCCCACAAACGUUCUGUUUUGCACUGAUACCUUUUUAAUACAUCAGACUUUUAUUUAAUAUAUGCCAAGUGUAUCUCUGCUUGGUAUUCUUAAUUUGCAGGUGUUGGUUGCAGCAUGUAAAGUUAUUUUAUCAGCUGGUCAUAUGAAAGAGGAUUCUCUUUAAAGAAGAUCAAUUAAGAAGUUAUUUUAACAACAAUUUGGGUUUGCAAGUGAAUAAACAACCUACAUACUCAACUUUUAUAAAUGUCAGACUAUCUCAAUCAGCUAUACCAAGAACAUGUUAACUUGCCACAAAAUUAUUUUCAUCAAGGUAUUCAUUUUGUAUUUCUUAAUAUUGCAUUAAAAUAUUCAGUAAAGGUCACAUUGUCUCAGGUCCAACAAUGGUUAUGUCCAAUCAUGGGUUCAGGGAUCAAAGCCAAGUGAUUCAUACCUAUUGUUGACCAU